GGGUCCGCAGCCAGUUUAUAUCGCGCCGAAGCCCGCAAGCCUGAGAGGGGUUCCAUCUCUCGAAGAAGAACGGGCAUGAUGGCUCUGUCACUGCCUAAGGAGGCGCUUCAGCGAUAUUUAAGGCGCAGCCAUGGCACGACCACUCGUAGCAUUUCAUCGUCUGCGAUCCUGUACUCCGGACAUAAUAAAUGGUCUACAAUCAAACACGACAAGGCCAAGAAUGACAAAGCGAAAAGCAAGGAACGUCAGAUGGUGAGCAAGGAAAUCGCCAGCGCAACGCAAUUAUGGGGCGCCGAUCCAAAGUACAACCCUCGUUUGACCCUUGCGCUUUCGAAUGCGAAGCGAGCCUCCAUUCCCAAGAAUAUAAUUGAAGCAGCCAUUGCCCGUGGUCAGGGACUGAGCUUGUCAGGUCAGGCCCUGGAGGCCGUCACGAUUGAAGCCAUGCUCCCCGGAGGAGUCGCAGCCGUGGUGGAGUGCCAAACUGAUCAAAAAGCUCGAGUCCUUCAGGACAUUCGCUAUUUGAUUAGAAAUGGAGGCGGAACAGUGACACCAACGACAUUCCUGUUCGAGAAGAAGGGUCGCGUCGUCAUGGAAAAGAAAGAUGACAUUAAUGCAGAUGAACUCCUAGAACCAGCUAUCGAAGCGGGCGCGAUGGACCUCCACACAGAUGACAAUGGUCGCCUUGUACUGUUCACUGAUCCGUCGGAAACCAAACGUGUCGGCGAGUCAUUCACUAAAAUGACUGGAAUGACGAUCGAAGAGUUAGAAAUUUUCUGGGAUCCGAACCAGGAGACUUUGGUUGAAUUACCAGAAGAUCAAGUCAAGGUCCUCGAAGAUCUCCUCGGCUCGUUACGAGAUGAUCCAAGCGUGCAGGACAUAUAUCUUAACUCGACGAUCAAGUUGUGA